GUAUCAUUCGCCUUCGACCCUGAGCCUGGGCAAUAGUUCCUUGCAGGAUUGUUUGGCCUGCAUCCUGGACCCGCGGUUUUCGGUGUGGCAAACCUUGGAAAGCUCUGUGCUCUGAGUCACGGGUUUCGCCUCGCCUGCCUUCAACACCACAUCUCUCCACCGUAGCAUGUACUAACACCAACAUGUCUCUCACUAACGCAACACCGCUCGAGGUUGCGCAGGCAGCCCGGGUGGGAUCUCGCAAACUCGCAAUUCUCUCUACCGAGGAAAGGAAUGCGGCGUUGACAGCAAUUCACAAAGCGCUAACCGACGGAAAGGAUGAGGUGCUUGCAGCCAAUGCGAAGGAUUUGGAGGCCGCGAACAAGGCCGCAGAAGGUGGCCAGCUGAGUCAGAGUCUUGUCAAGAGGUUAGAUCUGGGGAAGAAGGGCAAGUAUGAGGAUAUGCUGCAGGGGAUAUUGGAUGUGAGGGAGCUUGAGGAUCCAAUCAACAAAAUCACCUCCCGCACCCUCCUCGACGACAACCUUAUCCUAUCCCGCAAAACAUGCCCCAUCGGCGUGCUCCUCAUAAUCUUCGAAGCACGCCCCGAAGUUAUCGCCAACAUCAGCGCUCUGGCCCUCAAAUCUGGCAACGCAGCCAUCCUCAAAGGUGGAAAGGAAUCCUCUCAAUCAUUUGCCGCGAUCGCCUCCAUAAUCUCUCACGCUUUGUCUACCACCGCUGUUCCCUCAGAUUGUCUGCAACUAGUGCAGACACACGAUGUGAUCGCAGAUUUACUGAAACAAGAUACCUUGAUCGAUUUGUGCAUUCCCAGGGGUGGCAAUAAAUUGGUCCGAAUGGUGAAAGAUAGCACUGCGAUUCCCGUGCUGGGACAUGCAGACGGAAUAUGCUGCACUUACCUCCGCGGCGACUACCCCGUAGAGAAAGCCAUAAAAGUCAUCAUCGACGCCAAGGUGUCCUACCCAGCCGGCUGCAACGCGCUAGAACAACUCCUCGUCGACUCCUCUGCUCUCAGCACCACGCUCCCAUCCGUCGCAGAAGCCCUCCUCCAAAAAGGCGUGUCUCUCCGCUGUGACGAGCCCGCUCUCUCCGUGCUACAAGAAAAGCUCGACCCGCAUUCCGCAGCCCUACUCCAAGCCUCAACAGUGUCAGACUACGACUUAGAAUUCCUAGAUCUCGUCCUUGCCAUAAAAACCGUGUCGUCUCUCGACGAAGCUAUCUCCCACAUCAACACGCACUCGUCUCACCACACCGAUGCAAUCCUGACCGCCUCCGCCUCCCACGCUCAACAGUUCCUCGCAGCUAUCGACUCUAGUUCUGUGUACUGGAACACAUCGACACGAAUGGCCGACGGCCAGCGCUACGGCUUCGGGACCGAAGUUGGCAUCUCAACCAACAAAAUUCAUUCACGAGGACCGGUGGGAUUAGAGGGUUUGACUAUUUACAAGUGGAUUAUCGAGGGCGAUGGGCAGGUUAGUGCUGAGUAUGGCGCUGGUGGGAAGCAGUGGAAACAUGAGCCAUUGUCGGUUAGGGAUGAGGAGUUUGUGGCAAGGAGUGAGGAGGAGAAGGAGAUUUUGCGGAAGUUUAGAGCGGGUAAGGUUAAUGGAGUUUGAAGAGCUUGCCUUGUGUAUUUCAGAAGGAGGGGCUUUGAUUCUGAGAAUGGAAGACAGAUUUUUUGGUGGCUAUGGUGCUGAUAGAAGGAAGAAGAAAAGUAGAAUGGUCAACGGCGCUUCAAAAUUAUUCAAACUCAUCAUCCUACCGCAAUGCUUCCAACACCUCAACACCGUAGACCACCUAGUUAUUACCUCCUCUGGAUCGCUACGGGAGACCAUAUACACUCUAAACUCAAUUAGUCGAUGAACUAUUU